GUUCCGUCGACUUGGGAGUAGCGACAUCGAGCUUUCGCAAUGCCGUCAAGCGUCUGCCAGCAUCGGAACGCUCAAUGAUACACUAGGACAUGGCUCCUAUAACACCCUUGCGAGCUUCAGAAAUUUCUGAAAAAGCUCGCCGAGAGCUGCUUCUCCUCCUCGAAGGUGUCAGGGGGAAGAAGAACCUUGUCCUCGAAAAAGCUCUCGCAGGACCGCUGAACCUAUUGGUAAAGUUCUCCACACUUCAAGAAUAUGGCGUCGACAAGCCGUUCUUUCUGGAGAACGACAACGUGGACUCUUCUCAGCGCAAUGUCGUCUUCCUCGUCAGAGGUGAGAAGGCGAAAACGGUGAUGACGGUUGCCGAGCAAAUAAAGCGCAUACGUCGUGAUAGCCAAAUCGAGCACGAAUUCUCGAUAUUCUGGGUGCCUCGCCGAACGGUUGUCUCUGACCAGCUUCUCGAGGAAGCUGGAGUUUUGGGUGAAGCUAGCGUGAGCGAAUGGCCAUUGUUCUUCGUUCCACUAGCGGACGAUGUACUGUCACUGGAGCUGGACGAUGCGGUCUCCGAUUUGUACCUUCGGAAAGACCCUACUCCGAUCUAUCUCUCAGCCAGAGCUUUGAUGCUCCAGCAACAGAGAUACGGCCUGUUCCCACGCAUCAUUGGAAAAGGCGAUCAAGCUAAACGACUAGCUGACCUCUUAAUCAGAAUGCGCACUGAAGUGAUUGCAGGCGAGAGCAGUAACAACCAAAGCCGAUCAUAUCUAGGACUGACGCCGAGUUCCUCCAUCGACAGCCUCAUCAUCAUUGAUCGGGAUGUCGACUUCCCGACAGUGCUUCUUACUCAACUCACUUACGAGGGGCUUAUUGACGAGGUGUUCAAUAUAUCUGCGAACCAAACAGAGGUAGACUCCUCAGUCGUCGGCGGAGCCGCACCGCAACCGGGGCAGACAGGGUCUGGGUCAACCAGUAUGAAGCGAAAGGUGAUGAUUGAUCCGAAAGAUUCCCUCUACUCGACCUUAGGUGAUGCAAACUUCGCUGUGGUCGGUAAUCUGCUGAACAAGGCUGCCCGACGUCUGCAAAGCAGUACGGAACGCAACCAACUAUCGGCCAAAACAACUGCUGAACUGAGGGAGUUCGUGGCCCGAUUACCAGGAUAUCAGGCUGAGCAGGCGAGCCUGAAAUUACACACGUCGUUAGCUGAGGAGAUCAUCAAGUACACACGGACAGACGUAUUCACACGUUCACUCGAGGUUCAGCAGAACCUCAUGUCAGGGGCAGAUCCCACCACACAACAUGACACCAUCUCCGAAUUCAUAUCUCGGGAUGUGCCUCUGCCUACUAUAUUGCGUCUCCUUGCUUUGGAAAGCACAACGAAUGCUGGGAUGCGCCCGAAAGACUUGGAAAACUUCAAACGAGAAGUCAUCCAGGCAUACGGACCACAGCACCUACUCACCCUUGCGUCUCUCGAGAAGAUGGGUCUACUGGCACCCAGGGGCGGUGCAGGUUUGGGUUCCAUACCAGCGGCGAAACCUGGGACUGUGACCAACUACGCGCCGUUACGGAAGAACUUACGGGUUUGGGACGACGAGGUCAACGAGGCCGAGCCCAACGACAUCUCCUAUGUGUUCUCGGGAUAUGCCCCUCUGUCAGUGCGACUCGUGCAGUCCAUCAUUCAGAAGCAGACACUUGCCAACGUGAUUAAACCCAGUAGCCACCCACAAGCCUCUGCUCAGGCAAAUCCGCUUGCGCAAGGUUUGCGCAUAUUCGACGACGCAACCAAAUACAUCAGGGGAACCACUUUCGACGAGACGCAGAAAGGCGAGGAAAAGGCCGUCAAAGCAAGAAGUAUGUUGAACGGAAAUCACAGCGAUGCCAGCAAGACCGUCGUCGUUUUCUUCCUCGGAGGCGUCACGAGAGCAGAGAUUGCAGCUCUUCGAUUCAUCGGCAACAAGCUUCGAGAAGUUGGUGGCGAAGGUAGGGGAAGCAGGAUUGUGAUCUGUACGACGGGUCUGGUCAGGGGUGAUUCGUUGGUCGGGAGCGCUAUCGAGACUAGGCGGUUCGGAUGAGAACGGUAUGCACGGGUUUUUGUGCGCGACUUGAAAGACCCUUUCGGUGCGGUAUGAGAGAGUCCACAACUUUUACUGGGAGGAGAGGAACGCUUCUGCCACUGUUCUAGGACUGCUGUGCUACAUAGGAGUCAAUCAAUUGGCA